GGAACAACAAAGUACCGCGUGGCUAGGGAAGACAGAUGUAAACAAAGACUGUGUCCCUCUCAAAAACCUUCAAAUCCGGACGUUAUGCCAAUUUUUCCAGAAAUGUUAGAAAAUGUUUAUCUAUCAAGCCGACAGAAUGUACUUUCAUUGUCCGUAAUUCAAGAGGUAUGUCAUUAUUUUAAGAUCAAAUUAAUGCCGCGCAAUUUGCUGAACGAGAAUGGUGAUGGCGCCCAGAACUAGUGCAUUAGCUAUGUUUAGUGGCUUCCUCCUCGUCUCCUUCCUCUUGUCUACACUAAUGUUGGAAAAAUAACAGUGCAGGUUUAAUCAAAUACAUUUUAGGCACCAUCUUAUACUUUCAUAUAUAAUUCAUAAGUUAACGUUUUCUUAUCAGAAGAUAAAGGAAAAGUAUACAAGGAGGAGGCUAAUCUACACCCUAUGUGCCUUGUCUCAGGGUCAUAACUGUUGAAAUUGUGUUUUAAUAUGUUUCAUGCGCCACACGAAAAAAACACUGGAUUGGGUGACCAUAACUCAGAGAUCUGUAAACCUGUAUAAACUGUACACUUUGACCAGACACGUGAUCAAGCUAGCCGCUACAUGGGAACGAGUCUCAUUUCAAAGCCAAUGUGCCUCCACAUUGCAACUGGUUUGAAACAGUAAAAAAAAUGAAGUUUCUGAAUCUCUUUGGACGUGCUAAAUCUGUGGUUAUUGGAAUGAUUCAUGUUCAAGCCUUAUCAGGUAAAGAUGAUUGAGAUGCAGAGGACGUUUUUUACUCUAUUUUUGUUUUUAACUUUGAAUUUAUGUUUUUCAGGCACACCUUUAGGAAGCAUGGCCAUUCCUCAAAUUAUUGAGGAGGCAUGCCGUGAAGCAGAAAUCUAUCACAAUGCAGGAAUUGUAAGUAUAAGAAAAGACACAAGAACUCCUUACUUUUUGAUGUACUUUGUGGUCCUCUGUAGCUCAGCUGGUAGAGCACGGUGCUUGUAACGCCAAGGUAGUGGGUUCGAACCACGGGACCACCCAUACACAAAAAUGUAUGCACGCACGACUGUAAGUCGCUUUGGAUAAAAGCGUCUGCUAAAUGGCAUAUUAUUAUUAAUUAUUAUAUGUUACUAAGACUGUAGCCUCUGACUAUGUAAACCACAAUAUUCACCUUCAAUGAUGACUGGAAAAGUAAUUGUUUGUUGUCUGUUGAUCUUUUGAACAGGACGGGCUGAUCAUAGAGAACAUGCAUGACAUUCCAUACACAUUCUCAAUUGGGUCAGAGGUGUGUGCCUCUAUGACAGCAGUGUGUGCAGCGGUGAGGGGGAUCUGUCCGUCUCUGCCUCUUGGAGUUCAGAUCCUGUCUGCAGCAAACAGCUCAGCUCUUGCUGUUGCACUGGCUUCAGGUUGAUUUAGCUGGCUUUGCUUAUUACUGAUUAAUACAUGCAUGCUUAAGAGCGCUUCAGGUUCGCCUGGAAUUUUAGUUUAAUAGAAAGAUCUGUAUUUAGAGGUUGGGAAAAGCAAAUGUUUAGCUACCUAUUCUGUUGUUGUCUUUUUCCAAGGUAUGGAUUUUAUCAGGGCAGAGGGAUAUGUCUUCUCACAUGUUGCUGAUGAAGGCCUUUUGAAUGCAUGUGCCGGAGACCUUUUGCGAUACCGCAAGCAAAUAAAGGCUGAACAUGUGCAGAUCUUCACUGACAUAAAAAAGAAGCACAGGUGAGCAAUCGUUCAAAACACUCCAGUCAGACAACCCCACUGGCUAGCCUACAUGUCCAGAUAUGGUAUUUCAGAAGAUUUUCAACAUGCAAGUAUUGCGGCUAAUAUUAAACGAAAUUGCAAGGAGAUGAAAGUAACAUUUCUGACUGCUGUAGUAAGUGUAAUUGGAUGCUUUAUGUUUGUGGGUACGUGUUUGUGUUCCUAGCUCCCAUGCCCUGACUUCAGAUGUGAGCAUAGUGGAUACGGCCAGAGCAGCUGAGUUUUUCCUCUCUGAUGGGCUCAUUAUCACUGGAACAGCCACAGGGGUUCAGGCAGAUCCAAUGGAACUCAGAGGUGUGUCCUGUCUCUGAAUGCUCUGACACAUACAGACAUGUAUGUACAAUAUGACACAUAUACACAUGUAUGGUGUGACACACAAACAUACUGACACAUACAGUAAUAGAAAAAUACCCCCAACCCAUUUAAAUACAAAUAAAUAAUGCAUAGGCUAUUACUGUGUAAUCACCAUUUUGCCAUUUGGAUCAAAGGGCAGCCGACCCUCAGCACUUACAUUAUAUAUCUGAAGCAUAAUGCUUGGUGUAUCAUUUUAGGAAUGCUCAGCAUGCACCUUGGUAUAAACAUAGUUUUAGUAUCUCUAGAUAGUUUACUUUCCUCUCCCUUUUCAUUUUCUCUCAAACACUCCUGUAGUCUUGGUUAAUAAGGGAGUGCCCUUUUUCUAGGUCUCAUACAUUCUCACAAACCAUAACACACACCCUAACAAAAGUAUGUUCAGUUACCUCACUCAAUUCCAUACCACUCCCACUGCAUACCAGUCUAUUGCAUACUUCCUACAUUUGCAAGGGCAGAUAGUUCCUGGCGUUAGUUAUUCAUGUAGCCCAGAGGUUAAGCUGCCCUAAAGCCCAUGGAACCUGUGAGCCUCGCUGCUGGCCUUAUAAAGAGCAGCCUCGUCUGGGGAGAGGAUGGCAGCCUCACAGUCCCCCCAGUCUGGAUCGUGCUGACCAUGGGCACACAGCCCGAUCCUGCCCUUGCCUGCCGGCCACAGCCCUGCUUGGCUAAUAUAGACACCAACAUCGUCUGCUAUUUUUAAGCACAGCGUACAGAUGGCUGACUUACACAGAAGGCUGUAAACACAGGCAGGCUCCGACUAGACUGCCACACAACCCUGCUGCCUAGUUUGGAGGUGGUUCCUACAGUCUCCCAGUACGAUUCCAUUGGGCUGGCUCUGUUGUCAGAUGGGUAUAUGGAGCUGCCAGAGUCUGGAUUUAUCUCAUUCCUCAUAUGUUUUUCUCAUAUCAUCUCUGAACCUACAUUCACCAUUUACUUAUCAGAGAUGAUGCAUGACACUUGCAAUGCAUUCCUAAAUCCAACCAUUUAGGUAUUUGUUUCAAAUGAACUCUUGCACAGCUUGCCAAUAUAAUGAACUCAGUAAACAUAAUGUAGCAUCUCGAAAUAUUUACCCAACAAUCCUUUCUUUUCUAUUUGCAGAUGUUGCAGAGUCUGUAAGACUCCCAGUUCUUAUUGGCUCAGGAGUGACCCAUGACAACGUGGAACACUUCCUUGAUGGUAGUGCGAUGAUAAUUGGCUCUCAUUUCAAGAGGGGAGGCGUUUGGGCAAAUGCUGUUGAUCCAGAAAGCAUUAAGAAGUUCAUGGGGAAGGUGCAUUUGCUUCGAAAAUUAAAUCCACCAAUUUGCUGCUAAAAUAAUUUAUUGCAGAACAAUGAAAUACAUUUGGUGGUAAUAAUACAUGUAAUUACUGAAGUUAUGUCUCAUGUUAUUUAAUAAAAUACAGAUAAUACCUAAACAAAACAACCUUAUUUAACAAUUGUUUAACAUUUAAAUAUACACCAAAAUACAAAGAAAUCUGCAUAUAUUUACAAACAGGGCUUGUAGCAGUCCAGCAAACAUAAGAACACACUGGGAAUAAAUGUAUAAAAACAAAGUGAAUCACUCAGUACAAAAUAUACAUUAGAAACAGUGGUUCAUCAUUAUUUGGUUAUCCUUACAUACAUUGUAUUUGUUCAUAAAAAUAUAGAGAAAGAGGUCCAAUUACUCAAGAGUGAUGUUUUGUGUCAUCACAUAUCAUAUACAAAAUAGCUUUUCAUAGCUAUGAAACGUAUCAACUUUUCCUUAAAGCAAUAUAAGGAGGCAGGUAGCUUAGUGGUUAAGAGCGUUGUGCCAGUAACCGAAAGGUCGCUGGUUCUAAUCCCCGAGCCGACUAGGUGAAAAAUCUGUCAAUGUGCCCUUGAGCAAGGCACUUAACCCUAAUUG